AAGAUGUAUAUAAUUCUUAAAAGUGGAAUUCGUUUUGCGGAGGAGGAUACUUGGAACAAGUUGUGGGAAAGAUAUCAAUUAAAUUUGCAGAGUCCAGAAAAUAAAAAAAUUGAUAUGUAUUAUAUGCUUAAAUGGGAAACCAAUAAGGAAGAAAACCUUCUUAAUGCUCUGUCUUGCACUCCAAGCUUUGAAUUGCUCAAAAAAUUCAUAAUGUGGGUCCCAGAGAAAGUUCCUUCUGACAUAAAUCCAGUUUCUUGGUUCAAAAAUAUUGUUCUGUUGAAUGAAAAAGGCGUUGAUGCUAUAUUGGAUGUUUUGGAAUCCAAACCUACUAAAGAUAAUGGACAACCUUUAUUUCAAGCAAAUAUCGUGUAUGAGAGUUGCCAUGCAGUUAGUUUCUCCAUGAGGACUGAAGAUCAAGUGGAAAAAUUUAUUCGAUUGAGAACUCAGUACAGCCAUACUAAAUUGGAUCGUUUCACGUUCAUGGAUGAACAUGCAAGUAAAUUUUCCGUUUCUAAAAUCAAAAAAAAAUUGGAUGCAUUCAGGACAUAUUUUGAAGCAACAAAUUAA